CUCGGUCUGUCUGCAGAGAGGCUUCGGCAUGGACGGCAGCUUCUCUUCCACCAACUUUUCACCGGAGAUUUUAAACCGUCCGCUUUACGUUUUAGUCCACUCACAUGACGUGGAAAUGGGUUUGUGAGCGGAGUAAGCCAAAGUUGAGUUAAACAGAGUGUUUAAAAUCUUUUUGUUUUCUUCUCGGUUCGAGUUGUUUUAAAGGAAAAAAGGGUGAAAAUGCCAGUUGCAACUCUUCUACCUUUCACCGCUCCGCCAAAUAGGAAGUCUGCCAGCCCGACUUCUUUCAGGCUGACAGAGAAAUUUAUUCUUCUCCUGGUGUUCAGCGCCUUCAUCACCUUAUGUUUCGGGGCUAUCUUCUUCCUCCCGGACUCGUCGAAGCUACUCAGCGGAGUUUUCUUCCGCUCCCCCGCGGUGGAGACCAACACCCGCAUCGGUCCGGAGAGCAGCUACUCCGGCCCGGCUGGAAGCGACGACCGGGUCCUGGCCAAGAUCAAGAAGGACCAUGAGAAGGCGCUGCUGGAGGCCAAGGACACGCUCCAAAAGCGACCCGAGGAGAUACAACGGGACAUAAUAAACGACAAGAAGAAAGUUAACAUUGCGGGUCAGGCUGAAAAUGAUGUGAAUAAAAUCCCUCUCAUUGAAUAUCACCGUCCGCCCGGAGCGACGGGACACGAACCGCUGGACCCCGAAACUAAGGAGAGACGGACUAAAAUCAAAGAGAUGAUGAAGCACGCCUGGGACAGCUACCAGCGCUACGCCUGGGGUUCCAAUGAGCUCCGGCCGGUCUCCAAGCAGGGCCACUCCAGCAAUCUAUUCGACAGUCGGAUGGAGCUGUAGCUGCAGGCGAUGUGAAGAAGUGAAGACCUUCAGCUCCUCCUGAGACACAGUGGCUUUGCAGUGCAGGUUUUCUUUCUGGCCCCGUGUGCAGUGCUUUAAAAAGGCCCCAGGAUGAAGGGCAGGCUUUGCCACAGAUGCUGCAAGGCUUUUGUGAGACUUGCUUUUCUUUGUCACUUUGUUUUUCUCCCUGCAGUCUUUCCUCCGUGCCCAUGUCAGAGUACUAUGACUUUUAUUUAUUAUCGCCUUUAAUUGAAGCGAUACUGCAGCUAAUGCAGAGUUGAGACAAAUUUUCAGAUUUAAUAAUCACCUGAGGAUGUCUUUUUGUCUUGCAUUUUCAUUUGGUAUUAUUUUCUUCAUUGAUCUGUGUUCAGUUUU